GUGGCUCAUGCUAAUUAUUUAAUCUUUGAAGGCACCGAUAAGCUCUACGUACGUUUCUUCUCCUGCUUCCUAUCACAACCAAGCAACGCGCCUAACAUGUUUACAGAUCACCCACUCCGAAUGGGCCUCUUCUGAUGCAUACUCUGCGAGCGCCGGAUCGAAUGUUUCUCAGAAAGCGCCAAAUGGCGCCAACUUCAAACGACUUCCCUUCAACUUUUGCGCCGCAAGUCUCCAACCCUUCCAGAACCCCGUCUGCACGCCCGAAGGAACAAUAUUUGACGUGGAGGUCAUAAGUGAUUGGUUGUCCAAACAUGGCACAAAUCCAGUUACUGGAAAUCUGUUGAAGGACAAAGAUUUGAUCAAGUUGAACUUUGCGCGCAACUCGGAUGAUGGCGGUGCUGAUGGUGGGAAGGGGGAUAUGGUCGACCCGGUUACCUUCAAAGUCUUCACGGACAAUACACAUAUUGUUGCGGUCAGGCAUGGAAGCGAAGCAAAUGUUUUUGCUUGGGAAACGAUAGAGCGACUUAAUAUCAAGGCAAAGAUGUGGACUGACUUGGUGGAUGACAGGGGGUUUGGCAGAUCGGAUAUCAUUACUCUGCAGGAUCCUCAAAAUAUCGAGUCGCGAGACUUGAGUAAAUUCAAGUUCAUCAAAGAAGGGGAAACCGUUCUUACCAAGGAACAACAAGCAGAGCGACAGAAGGGCUCUGUGAAUAUCGAUGCGCUCGGACGGGUAGGAGAGAAGGUCCUAAGAGCGAAAGAGGCCGUUGAGAAGGCUAGGAGGGAAAGAGAGGCUGGCGGGGACAUCAAUCGAUCGAAAGCCCUGUCUAAAACUGGAUCGAGUAGUUCUGCUCCACAGCCAUCGAUGAUACAAGAGAAGAAGCUGGCAUAUAAUGCUGCGCAGUAUACAAACGGACGCGCAGCAGCUAGUUUCACGAGCACCGGACUUACACCGGAAACAAGCGGCGAGAGAGCAUUGCUUUCUGAUGAGGAAUAUAUGCUGAAGCCGAAAAGAGUCAAGAUCAAGGGUUAUGCCAGGAUCGAGACAAAUCUUGGUUCCCUCAACAUCGAAUUACAGACUGAAACUGCACCAAGGGCGGUGUGGAAUUUCGUACAGCUGGCGAAGAAGGGUUACUACAAUGGGGUUCUGUUCCACCGAAAUAUUAGGAACUUUAUGAUCCAAGGCGGUGACCCAACAGGAACUGGAAAGGGUGGUACGAGCAUAUGGGGAAAGAAUUUCAACGAUGAAUUUGACGGACCACUGACACAUGAUAACAGAGGAGUUAUGAGUAUGGCUAACAAGGGCAAGAACACAAAUUCCAGUCAGUUUUUCAUAACAUAUCGACAAGCCAAGAAUCUCGACCGGAAACACACAAUUUUCGGCCGAGUAGUCGGCGGAUUGGAAGUUCUACAAAGACUGGAAAACGUGUCUGUGGAUUCCCAAAGCCGUCCUUUGGAUGAUAUCGUCAUGGAGAAUGUCGUUGUAUUCGUUGAUCCAUUCGAGGAGUUCCAGAAACAGAAGCAUGAAAAGGAUGUCGCCGAGAAAGAGAAAGAGGAAAUCAAGAGGCAGGGUGGAACCGAGGAUGAUAAAACCACCUGGACAGGCAAACGUAUUCGAAACGAUGGGACUGUAGAGCAGACAGAUCAAUCUGGAGGAGUAGGCAAGUACCUGAAGACUGUUUCCAGCUCGAGUCUCUCGAAAUCAACUACUGUUGAUGAUGAUCUGGAGAUGGGACCGCCAAAGAAAAAAACCAAGGCAGGUGGAUUUGGCAACUUUGAUGGGUGGUGAGACCUUGAAGUACUGGGGAUUAGAUAUCCUCUAAACUUGUAUCACCAUACUUCUUGGGAUACUGUCUCUAAGGAGAAGCCCAAGGAAAUCUCCAACAUAACACUCCCAUCUAUUCUCGAUGGAUUGACGAGUACAGACCGGCCUUCUCGAUAAGGAACCUAAGAUGGAGUUCCGUGAGCAUCCCAUUCGCUCGCAUGGCUAGUUGCAUCCAAAGGUAUCCACGAACGCUGAAAACCAGACCGCGAAUUUGGAUUUCAGAUAGCGCACUGAAUCACAUCAAAUCAAAUCCAACGGGAGGAGAAUGUUUCUGCAUAAAUGGGCACACCACACUUGUAUUAUUAUAGCUACAGAAAAUGAAACUCAUUUUGUAAUAAUGAUACCACCGUGCGUUGG